AUGAGCAGCUCGACAACGCCUGGGAACGCGGGUGUUCCGUCCAACGAGUCAUCUUCCACCUCCUCCCCCUACCCGGAUUACAUGAACACGACGUCGACGAGUCGCCCGACCAGUUCCUCCACCAACACCGCCUCUACCUCAACCACCGUGCCCAGGACGACCAGCUCCUCGGACUCCACACCCAAUCUGAGUCUGCUGGGAGUGACGGACCCCAACGAUCACCUACAACAACUCAAGCAGAUGACUCAAGGCGUGGGCUUGAUGAAAGUGGAAGCAGGCAAGUCUCGUGCAUAUUAAUGCCGUUCGUCUUCCGAGGCAGUUACAGCGCCUUUUAUGGACCUUAACUGUUCUACCAUGAUUUAUAUAUAUAUGAUUCCUCUGUCACCGCCCAUCCCAUGCCGAUUUACUGCCCCAUAAUCCAUUAGAAGUACCGCUGUUUCAAUUAAGUAUCUCUGAGGGUUUAUUGUACGAUUAAGUUGAUGGUAUUAGCUGGAUAGUACCCUUUAACUGUUAUUUGAAACAUUCAACGGCUGAUGGUGUAAUAACAAUUAGCUAUAUAUGGUGAUUAAAAUGUGAUUUAGAGUGUAAUAACCAUCUGUUUUAGAAAGGCCAUGUAAUAGCAAUUGAUGUUGUUAUAGUGAAUUAAUUUUAUUUUAUGUGAUACAUGUAGCUAUAGGAAUUAGGAAAAUGUUUAUUUUUGAAAACUGGGAUAUGUGAAUUUGAAAAAUUAGAUUUUAUGUUGUAAUAGCUAUGUACUUAAAGAAAAAUUACAAAAGUUAUAAAGCCCAUAUUAUAAAUUGUUUUAAAAGAUCAUAUCUAUAGCUGAGUAACCUCAAGGCAACUUAAUUUUACAAAUUUUUUGAAAAUUUUGCAUUCAGAGCCAUUUUUUAAAACUGACUACGAAUUCCAAUAAAAAUCCCAUAUUUUUUAAACUAGGUUAUUGUAGAAGCUACAAAAAAGCGAUCGGAAUUCAGAAGCCAGCGGACUAGGUUUCAGCGUUCUCUAGCGUCUCUGGGUUGAUAAGAACUGAUUUAUAGAUAAUGAGGCGGCGGCUUUUGUCUUUUAUCUCCGGUCUUCCAAUUUGAUUUCGGUGUGGUUGCAGAUGCCAAUGGCUCGACCACUAAUCCGAUGGUCGCCUCCAACUUCUCCCAGGACUUGUAUACAUACGGUUGGCCCUACUACCAGCAGUUCGCGACGCCGAUGGGGCAGGCCGGCUUCUCGGCAUGGACUCCUCAUGGCUAUCCCGGAACGCCGUGGCAAAACUACGGUAAGUGCGAGGCCGAAUCGUCUUUCGUCCGCCUUCUGCGGACAUUUGUUCCUUCCCUUCUCUUGACGACCACGAAAUGGGCAAAAACCUGCGGGAAGCCGGGCUUCAGCCUUCUGAAGCCGAUUUGAUACGCUUUGUGAAGUCAUUAUGCGAAAACAGAUUCAUUGUCUUCGUCUUAAACGACUUCCACACAGCAAAAACAUUAAUUUGUAAUCAGAAUCCCCAAUAAGGCUUAUUGUAGACACAUUACAGUCGGUGUGAAACUACAUUACGCUGUAGAUUUGCAUAAAUUAAUUUAAUAAGACCGUCUUUCUAAAAGCAAUACUAACAUAACUACAAUCUUAUGUGCACUAUUUCUUUUCAGCACAGAGCAAAAAAGGCCGACAAACUUAUCAAAGGUACCAGACGACGAUACUCGAGUCCAAGUUCCAGCAGAAUUCUUACGUGAGUAAGAAGCAGCGUGAAGAACUCAGAAACCAGACCGGUCUCUCCGACCGUCAGAUCAAGAUCUGGUUCCAGAAUCGGCGGAUGAAAGCGAAGAAGGAAAAGCACCGUGUAGACGAGCAGACCGUAGAACACCAAAGCAUCGCCCUGCCCAGUAGUACGUCCAAAUCCUUAAAUAGUACUUUACAAGCUCGAGUAGGGAACGGUCUUCACAAUGGUAUGAACCUGGCCGGCCAUCAGCUAGACCUCGGCAUCGUGGACCAAGAUGACAAGAAGAGUCUGUCGAAUUCGAUGUCACCAGUCGGAGGGCCGAUGUGGCCCAUGUCGACGAUGGGAAUGCACGCGGCCAUGACCGGGAUGCAGCCUCUGCCCGGCGACAACAUGACCUGGAACCCGAACAACCUGAUGUUGUCGCAGAACAACUUUGUGGCCCCACAUCAAAGUGGCCUGGCCCACAUUAACCCUUACAACUGUCAAAGCUUCAACCCCUACUCGGAAACUACUUAA